UCCGGGGGUCUGCUGCCGUUGUGGUGCAUCCACCACCCCAGAGUCUUACUUCAUAUUUCUUGAGACCAAGUUGAUGGAUUUUCGUCACGCGCUCUCGGCGAGGGUUUUUGGAUUGGCACGCUGGUGGUGAGACAUCGUCCCGAAGCUCUGAAGUAGAUCGUAUGAUCUGGAAAUACAGAGCGCCAGACUUAUUUGUUGACAUGAAGAGUGGAGAGUUUAAGUGGGUUGGUGUUGUUGGGUUGGGCGACGUCGUGCUUGCGUUAUCUGCACUGGGGCGUAUGUACAGCCGUAAUAGAAGCGGUAAAGGGGGAAGCCGGCGUGGAAGGUGGUCCAAUUGGGGCCGCUAUUGGACUGACAUGAACGGAAAUAGUGGGGGAGGGCAGCAGAUCCAGAACCAAGGUGCAGGGCAGUAUAAUCCUGCCCCUCCGAGCGUCUAUGUACCAAAUGCCACCGGGCAGCCUCAGGUGAUGUUGAAUCAACCGACGAUGUUGGCUAUGCCUGUUGUACCAGCGAGUUCGGGUAUGCCAGGCGUGCCAAAUGCAGUAUCGGCACCUCAAUAUCAAGCUCAGCAGCCUGCUACCCAAUGGGUUUUCACUGCUGCAGUGUCCACUGUUGCGGUUUCCACUGCUGCAAUGUCCACUACUGCAGUUUCCACUGCUGCAGUGUCCACUGUUGCGGUUUCCACUGCUGCAAUUUCCAUUGCUGCAGUUUCCACUGCUGCAGUUUCUAUUGAGCCGAGGCAAGAUAACAGUGGCAUCACUCAAGGACAGUUUCUGAAGCGGCAUGUGGUUCCUAGCACAGUUGCCAAGAAUGGAAAAACAGUGACCAUUGAAGAUUUACAUGUCGGACAAGAAGUUACUAUGUAUGGACGAACGUUCCACAUCUGCUCAUGCGAUCCAUUCACAAGGCGUUUCCUGUUGAGAUCAGGAAUUCCUGUUGCUGAUGAUGAACCUUUACCAGAUGAGCCUAUCGAACACUAUCGGGCUCGUCAAAAGAGAAUCCCAAUUAGGCACAAGCGAGAUUUCAAGACGAUGCAGUUCCUAAAGCAUGAUGGGAAGGUUCUUCGAUUCUUUUGCAUCUGGGAUGAUCGUGGCAGCGUUUAUGGUGACAGACGGCCUUAUGUUUUGCACUACUACCUCGCUGAUGACACCAUCGAAAUUUUGGAGGUGGCAGAAAGAAACAAUGGCAGGGAUCCAUUCCCGCUGCUACUUAGGAGAGGGCGCCUGCCUCGUGAGACUCCAGAAAAUUUACUCGGUCGUCACGCGUUUUUGACCUCAAUGCCGGACUCUGCAUUCUACCAUGAGAAGGAUUUACGGAUUGGCAGUUUCAUUAGGGUGUACGAUCGGGAUCUACUCCUCCACGAUUGUGACGAGUACACAUACCAGCACUACAGGACAAAAUGGGGGCUUACCGAUGAGGAUCUUAUGCCAGUGGACAUCCAAGAACCUCCUCCUGUGCUGCCACAAAAUAUGAUCCCUCCACAUAAUGGCUUUGGACAAGAAAAGGAUGCGCUCCAGAACUGCAUUUCACUUAUUCCCAAACCCCUUAGGAAGGAUUUCAACAAGCUGAUGACCAAUGAUGGAAAGGAAAUGUGCUUCUCUGCACAUCUGGUUGAGGACGACGAGCACAAGCUUGCAGCUGCGGAUCAUGGUCGGCGGUUCAUCAUUACGUACUAUUUAGUUGACGACACAGUCCAGAUCUAUGAGCCUGCAAUUCGGAACUCAGGCAUCGUUGGCGGCAGGUUCUUAUCACGAUAUGCCACAGCUCCAAAGAACGACCUAAGUGGAGAUGAUUACCAGCCAGAGGAUUUGUUUGUUGGACAGCUUCUAUACAUGUAUAACAGGGUAUUCCGGCUGGAAGAGGCUGAUGAGUGGACCUACAAGUACAUGGAGCUACAUCCACGUCGCUUCCCCUACUCCCACUAUGGAAUAGUUAUGAACAAAAUAUCGGAGUUCCUGGCGAGCCACUAUUCCACCGCAGAAGGUCAAGAACAGGCACGAAAAAUAUUCAUUGAAGCUGAUUGUGAGGGUACAGGUCACUUGUCAGUGACAGAGGCACAUGCUGCUUUCCUGGAGCUCGGCCUGUGCCUAGCCGAGCAGGAGGUUGUCACGCUUAUGCGCAUGCUUGGUGUCAACGAAGAGAAGAAAGUUUCCUUGGAAAACCUUUUCACAAGCAUGGGAUUUCACUGAGGCCCAACUCAACCCAAUACCGAGCUCUUGUUAUCCAUCACCCAGUUUUGUCUCAUUUCAUUUUGUGGCCAAUCUGGUUUGCUUUUGGCCGCCAUUAUCCGGCAUGGGUCCACCUGUGCAUGUGGUCUUUUUUCACACAAUUUUCCCAACUGAUUGAUCAUCUUACUUAUUGUGUCCCAGCAAUGACUGUCACCAAGGGAAUCGCUAUCGACAUCCAUAUCGAUAUAAUUAGAAUCAUAUUGACAUCCAGAGCUGCAUCACAUCCACAUCACUCAUAUCAUGCGCAUCAAAUGAUCUGCAUCAUAAUAUCAUAUCCUUCUCAUUCAUACCCACAUCUCACAUUCCAAAUGACGUGCCCACCGUCAUCUUCGUCAUCUGUAAAGUGAAGGAAAACAAAACUUCCCGUGCCUG